UCGUUCGGUGUUUCUUGUCAAUCCUUCGUUUUCUCGCAUGCUCGGUCUUGUUUUCAUUGGUUUUUUCUAUAUUUAGGUUCGACUCCCCAGUCCUCGUUUUCCACUCCCCGUAUAUCAAACGACAUAACCUGAGAGACGCUGUCAAGAACCUUGCGCAUCGAUAUGAAUCCUGGAAACCCACAGCCGAGAAGGCGCGUUCGAAAAUGCUGGAUUUGCCUUGCGGAAGUAGAGGCAACUUAUGAACAGCAAGGCGCAAACCCGACGCCGACAAGACAAUAUAUUGACGAAGACGGAGAACGAUUUAUCAACCCGUGUAUUUGUAGAGGCAGCGUCAAAUGGUGCCAUGAACAUUGCUUAAGGACCUGGAUGGAGCUUAAUGAGCGGGCUUGGCGAUGUAGCCGAUGUAUGCAUCCAUACGAGCUGGAGCCGAUAAGUUUGGCCGAGUGGCUCAAACGUCCUUCGGCGGCUUUCGGACUUACCAACCUCAUCUUUCUGAUUGCCGUCUUCACUCUCGGUUUCGUCGGUAACCUCAUCAUCGGCAUCUGGCUUGAUCCUUUAGGCACUAUGGCCGGGGCCGGUUCUCAUAUGGCUAGGGAAGCUGAAAACCCUCCAAGCGGCCAUGCUUCGUUACCAGGUGAGGGUGGUUGGAUUGAGCAUUUCUUGAGGGGAAUCUGCGCCCUAGGCCUGCUUGGAUUUCUCGUAAAAUUUGUCACUGUUAGCCCAUGGUCAUGGUUCAAUAUGCGGACUGGCGGAUUAAUAGCUAGCGCUCGUGCUGGGACUGGGCCUUGGCGGAUAGAGCACACCAAUCUAAUUUUUGUGAUCAUUGGUAUUUUUACAUUCUUAUCUGGAGUCUGGAAGGCUGCACGGCGUUGGGCUGAGAAGGCCUUCGGCCCAGUGAGUCGCGAUGUUUUGAACUAUCCGUCUCCAGAGAGUGACGACGAAGAGAAUUAGUGAGUCGGCGUCGAUGGAAUGAACUACUAACAGUUCCCUAACUUCCAAGCAUCUGUGUCCAGGUAGGUACCUAGUAUCUACCAUGUUCGAACAAGCUUGCACACUCUUAAGUUGCCAUGAAGUUGCUCUUCCGUUUCUUGUCAACUAGUCUGUGUGCAAAGAUUGAUAUCUUGCUACUGUCUGAUGAGUAUGGGCGUCUUGUUCGUACUCGCGUAUAGAUUGGUUCAAGAGCGUCGGAUCCUCUGCCUAACGUUUAGUAGCUCUUUUUGAGUCUAGCUGACUUGACUGCCCCUUUUUUCCAUUAUUGGUUACGUAUAAAGGUGUUGUUUGGCGAUUGUUCGGCACAUAUUCUUUCAUUUGUAUCAUGUAAAUAUUUAAACGGGUGGUUCCUUGUUAGGUUAUUAGGAUAGCAGCGAAAGUAGUGAAUAUAAAGGAAGAAUUACGAUA